GCGCAAAGCGCAGCGACAGACUGCCCGGGCACCCACUGACGGGCGCAGCUGGAGCAAGCCAAGCCGGGAGGAGUGCUCUGAGGCGAGAGAGCCGAGCCGGGCGGCCUCCCCAGGCCGCCACUUCAACCGGCCGGCGCCGUCCCCGCGUCCCUGCUCCCGCGCCCCUCCGGCCAGCAUGAGGCUCCUGACCGCCGCGCUGCUCCUGCUGCUCCUGGCGCUCUGCGUUGCGCGCGUGGACGGGUCCAAAUGCAAAUGCUCCCGGAAAGGGCCCAAGAUCCGCUACAGCGACGUAAAGAAGCUGGAAAUGAAGCCAAAGUACCCGCACUGCGAGGAGAAGAUGGUUAUCAUCACCACCAAGAGCGUGUCCAGGUACCGGGGCCAGGAGCACUGCCUGCACCCCAAGCUGCAGAGCACCAAGCGCUUCAUCAAGUGGUACAACGCCUGGAACGAGAAGCGCAGGGUCUACGAAGAAUAGGGUGACGGAUCUUGGGUAGAAACACUUCCAGACCCGUUGGGAGACUUCAGCAAAGGACUUUACAGAUUAAAA